CGCUCUUCCUCGGUUUGACGCGGGCGGAGAUUCCAGCGAGGGGGAGGGGGGAGGGGGCGAGAGGGAGAGAGAGAUAUGGAUUUGGACGCUUGGAUUUCGAAGGUGAAGGAAGGGGAUCACCUCUUCGAGAACGAGCUCCAGCUGCUCUGCGAAUACGUUAAAGAGAUUCUUAUAGAGGAGUCCAAUGUGCAACCUGUCAACAGUCCAGUUACUGUCUGUGGUGACAUUCAUGGUCAGUUUCAUGAUCUUAUGAAACUUUUCCAGACAGGUGGUCAUGUACCAGAGACUAAUUACAUAUUUAUGGGUGAUUUUGUUGACCGAGGCUAUAACAGUCUUGAAGUUUUUACCAUUCUCUUGCUUCUAAAAGCUAGAUACCCUGCCAAUAUCACACUUCUACGUGGAAAUCAUGAAAGCAGGCAACUUACCCAGGUAUAUGGUUUCUAUGAUGAAUGCCAAAGGAAGUAUGGAAAUGCCAAUGCUUGGCGGUAUUGUACUGAUGUUUUUGACUACUUAACUCUCUCAGCAAUUAUAGAUGGAACGGUACUUUGUGUCCAUGGUGGUCUCUCUCCUGACAUUAGGACUAUUGACCAGAUAAGAUUGAUUGAGCGGAAUUGCGAAAUCCCACAUGAGGGGCCAUUCUGUGAUCUCAUGUGGAGUGAUCCAGAAGAUAUUGAGACAUGGGCAGUUAGUCCUCGUGGAGCAGGGUGGCUUUUUGGGUCCAGGGUGACUUCUGAGUUCAAUCAUAUAAACAAUCUCGAUCUUGUUUGUCGGGCUCACCAGCUUGUACAAGAAGGCCUUAAAUACAUGUUUCAAGACAAAGGCCUCGUAACUGUCUGGUCUGCACCAAAUUACUGCUAUCGGUGUGGAAAUGUAGCUUCUAUAUUGAGCUUUAAUGAGAACAUGGAGAGAGAAGUAAAGUUCUUUACUGAAACGGAAGAGAACAACCAAAUGAGAGGGCCAAGGACAGGUGUGCCUUAUUUCUUAUAAUUGGGAACCCGAGACCUGUUCAGUUAUCCAAUUACGUUGGUUACUGGAGGGAGCAUACAGAAAUGACAUGAUGUACGUCUACAACCACUAUCUGAUGCUUUGCCUGGAGGGGAAUUCUUUCAUUUGUCCAGGGCCUUUCAAAUUUGUAAGUGGUUUCUUAGGGUACGUCCAUUAUGAAUGGUAUGUUCUUCCCUCCAGUCUGUGGUACGUUGCGUAUCUAGCCCUGUUCAUUGAUUUCAGAUUGUUUGGAUCUGCCCUUAGUUAUGUUGGAGCAGAAAAUAUGCCUAGUUUCUUGGAAGAACUGAACUUCUGGCAAUCCGAUCAGGGAAACAAUUCCUAGCUGAUGUAUGAUUUUGUUUUCUUGGUCAAUUCUAGUUUCUGCAGGUUGAUGUUGACAGUCACUGCAUAUAUUGGUUAUAUUUUAUAUUUGUUAAUGACAAAUAUCUCUCUCCCA